UUCAAGAUGGAGAGUUUGAGGUGGAGGUAGGAGAUGUGGAGAGUUUUAGGUGCAAAUGUGUUGGGAAAGCAACCUCCUUCUUGUAAUAAGAAAUGAUAACUCUCGCAAAAAAGAUUAAGGAAGAACGGGAGAAGAAAGAAAAGGGAAAUAAUGCGACCGAAAACCCCAAACCCACAAGAAUUUCUGUUCGCGACAAAUUACUAACCAAAGAAGUGACAGAACUUGAGGAAAAUUUGCCGGAAUCAUGCAAAGUGGAUUUCAAGGAUCCAAAUAUUCUUUAUGAAUUUACUCUUACCGUAACACCAGGAGAAGGGUACUGGAAGGAAGGAAUUUUUAUAUUUCAUGUUAUGAUCCCACAGGAAUACAAUAUUAAGCCACCUCAUGUUUGGUGUGAAACAAAAAUUUGGCAUCCAAACAUCAGUGAGAAUGGAGAAGUCUGCUUAAGCUUGUUAAGGGAACACACCCUUGAUGGCUCUGGUUGGGCACCAACAAGAAAAUUAAAGGAUAUUGUGUGGGGACUUAACUCUCUAUUUACAGACUUGUUGAAUUUUGAUGAUCCACUGAAUGUAGAGGCUUCAGAAUUAUAUUUUAAGAAUAAGGAAUCAUUUCGAAGGAGAGUUGAAGAUUACAUCAGACUCUAUGCAUCACCCAGAAGAUAACAAAAACACUGACAGGCCAACUCCUGAGUGAUUGUUAUCAGCACUGUUGUGAAAACAUUACUUAAUUCAAAUACUUAACAUAGCAGUAAAAUCAUAUUUGUUUAGUAAAGUCAUGUUUAUAGCUUAUAGAUGAAUGAUAAAAUUGCCCAACAAUGCAAUGUAACUGUAGGGCAUUAUUACAGGUAUCGCUGUUAAAACUAGCUGAGGCACUUGCAAACAAUUUGACUCGCCUCCUAGAAUGUUGAAAGUGGGAUGGUUUUUGAUUGGCGGGGUGGGGGAGAAUCAAAGUGUAUGCAACAACAGUGGGAGGCACUUGGUGCUGUUUUUCAUUUUUUUUUUAAUAUAAAUGCAGAGGGCUAGCUAAGGUUAUAUAGGCAGAGCCUGUUACAUACAAACUCCUCAAGUCGUCUAAAUUGUUAGUUUGUUACUGGGAAGUGACAAAGGAGAAUGAGACAAGACAGAAAUGUUUUGAAAGCCUGUGCAGAUGUCAUCUUCAGAGGCAAAAGACUAGUUUAGCUGAGAAUGUAUCAUGAAAUGAACAUUGUUCUAUCAUUUGGUAGCUUUCAGCUCAUCAUUGCUAAAGUAGAGACACCUAACCCUAACGAUGUAGGCAGCUAGUGUGAGCAGUACGUUUCUUCAUAUGUAAAUAGUAUUUUGUAAUAUUUGAUAUUAGAAUGAUUACACUACAUAGAGUUAAGUGUAGCAAUAAUGAUAGCUAGAGUAUUAAUGUCAGGCCUAAGGGGGUUGUAGACCCCUAACCUUCUGAGUCUCCCCAAGGGAGUCCCAUGUCUUGUUGUGUUUACUUCACAGAAGGCUGGGGGAACUACUCCCAUAUGAAAAGGUUGGGGAUGCUUGUAAUAAAAUUUGAAUUAAGCCCUGAAGAUCAAGCUGGGUGUGGCUC